AUGUCUUCCAGAAAAGAUUUCGUCUUGAAUAUCACGCUGGUUGACAGCAAGAACUUGGCCACUUAUACAGUGCUGAACAAACCUUCCCGUUUCCUAACAUAUUGGAAAGUACCCCUCGUGGCCGUAUUAUGUGGCAUAUUGGUACUGUUUGUGCUACGGCUCGCUGAAGAGGCCGGCUACGUCUUUGAAGCUCUUGACAUAUAUAUCCCGCUGGCGGAAAUAUUUCUUGCCAAUGCUGAAGGUUGGGCCAGAGACGUUCCUGUUCUUCAAUCGCUUACGUCGGCCGCUCUUCGGAAGCUAUGCCUAACUGGGACCAUUGUGGCUCUUUCGCUCAUCGUGUUGGCGCUUAUAUCGCUACAGGAGCCCCAAGACAGUAUGAUGAUAAUCAAGGAUAUGGGCAUUCAACUCAGCAGCCGUGACAGGUGGGGCUUCACCGAACAAGAGUUCAUACCAUUGUCUGAUACCAUCGAUAUUGUCAUCCAUGAAGGAUUCUAUGGUUUCGGACAAGUGAUCUUUUACAUGUGCGUUUUGACGCUGCCUAAGCACAAGAGCGGAGCCGAAGAGAAUGGUAUCAAGGUUGUUUUCCCAAACUUCCUACCACGCAAGUCCAUCCUUGUGGAUGUCUGCCGCCAGAGCAGAGAGAUGCUCUACGGUACCACAAAACGGUACACGCAGACCUCUGAAAAGAACUGA